AUGGCCCCUAACUGCAAGGCUCAGGGUCGUUCGUGCUCAUUCUUGCCCCACUGCCCGCCUGGUUCACCCCACCACCACUCCCUCGCCCUCCUCAGCCUCUGCUGCCAUGUCUCGCCCAUCGAACACCCCCAGGGGCUGUCCAACAAUGCCCCUGGGUCGUUUGGGCUUGUUCUUGCCCCACUGCCCUCCUUGUUCACCCCACCACCUGUUUGCCCUCCUUGCCCUCCACUGCCCCUUCUCACCAUCCAACACCCCCAGGGGCUGUCCAACAAUGCCCCUGGUGCACAAAUGAGCCUGAACUUCAGAGUUCGGGCUCGUUCAGGCUCGUUUUUUUGCUGCUGCCUGCCUGGUUCACCCCACCCCCUCACCCUCCUCACCCUCCUUGCCCUCCACUGCCACAUCUUGCCAUCUGACACCCCCAGGGGCCGUCCAACAACACCCCUGGUGCAUGAACAGCCCAGAACUGUGACAUUUGGGGUCGUUCGUGCUCAUUCUCGCCCCACUGCCUGCCUGGUUCACCCCACCACCACCCACUCGCCCUCCUCACCCUCUGCCACCGCAUCUCACCAUCUGACACCCCCAGAGGCCAUCCAACGACGCCCCUGGUGCACAAACAAGCUUGAACUUCAGAGUUCAGGCUUGUUUGUGUGCGUUCUCACCCCACCGCCUGCCUGGUUCACCCCACCCCCUCACCCUCCUUGCCCUCCGCCACUGCAUCUCACCAUCCAACACCCCUCACCCAUCUAA